CCCGUAUACAUCGGUAUCGCUGUCGCCGACGGACUUAGCAGCUCAAUCGAUGUUGCGUUCGUUAUUCACGACGGCACCUAUUCAAUUGACUUUGCAACUACCUCCAUAGGUGGGGAUUCAACCGAAGAGCGUGCCGAGUUCUUUGCUGAGGAUAUCAUCAGCAAGAUCAAGCACUACCGUGAUGAGCACUACUACAAGUUUGUCGGUGCUGGUCUGACGACCAAGGCUGUUCAGACAUGUCCUCAAUUACCAACCCGCUUGUGGCUUGAGCUGGAUAUUGUGCCGUUAGUGCUGGAGCCUAGUUCUGGGAGGCACAAUACCGGUACUCCAGCCGCACCCAAGUAUAUGUUGGUGGAUGAAGAAGCAGACGCGGUUGUGCGCAAAGCUCUUGGCUACUUCGGCAAGGCCAACCAACCUCGCCUAGAAGUUGUUCACCGCAACGAGGUCGGUGUCGACAGCGAUGGUGCAGCCGUGAUCGCCGAUGAGCCAAGCUAUCGAAACAGUGUUCAUCCCAACACGUACGCGGCAACCAUGUUCUACGCGGAUUCGCUCAAGAAGAACGGUACGAAGAUCGCCUUCUUCAACAGCACACCUCAGGGUGGCGGUGUCGCAUUGAUGAGGCAUGCGCUGAUCCGCUUUCUGCGAUUGAUCGAUGUCGAUUGUAAAUGGUACGUUCCAAAGCCAAAGCCUGCUGUUUUCCGUAUCACCAAGAACAACCACAACAUUCUCCAGGGUGUAGAAGAAACCGGUCUUCGCCUUGAGCAAAAGUCGAUCGACAUUCUCGACGAGUGGGCUAGGCAAAAUGCCGAGCGCUACUGGAUAGCCAAAGGCGGUCCUCUUGCUCCUCGCUCAGAGGGCGGUGCCGAUGUUAUUAUCGUCGAUGAUCCCCAAAUGCCUUCCCUCGUCAAGAUCGCCAAAGAGCAGGACCCUGCUCGCCCGGUUCUCUUCAGGAGCCACAUUCAAGUGCGCGCCGACCUGGCCGAUGAGGAAGGCACGCCCACCUCCGAGGUCUGGAAUUGGGUCUGGAACAACGUGAAGCAGUGCGAUGCUUUCAUCAGUCACCCUGUUCGUGAAUUUGUGCCCAAAAACGUCACCACGGAAAAGGUCGGCUAUCUUCCCGCUACCACAGAUUGGCUCGAUGGUCUCAACAAGCAACUCGACAGCUGGGACGCACAGUACUACAUGCACGAGUUCGAAAUGGCCUGUUUGGACAAGGGUGCCAACCAUCUCGCCUUCCCAGCGCGCCCGUACAUUACGCAGAUCGCUCGUUUCGAUCCAGCGAAGGGCAUCCCAGACGUCCUGGCUUCAUACGCAAUCCUUCGACGAGAGUACAUGAAAGACAAGUCCAUUGACGAGGUUCCCCAGCUCGUCAUCGCCGGCCACGGCGCCAUCGAUGACCCUGACGCAACCAUCAUCUUCGACAAGACCGAGAAGCAGCUCAACGAACUCUACGCCGACAUCAAAGACGACGUAAUCGUCAUGCGCAUCGGGCCCGUCGACCAACUCCUCAACGUCCUCAUGGCAAACGCACACGUUGCCCUCCAGCUCUCGACCCGCGAAGGGUUCGAAGUCAAGGUCUCCGAGGCUCUGCACCACGGUGUACCCAUCAUCGCGACGCGCCGCGGCGGCAUCCCUCUGCAGGUCGAGCACGGCAAGUCCGGCUUCCUCGUCGACGUCGGCGAACACGAUGCAGUCGCUAGUUACCUCAACCACCUCUUCACUGACAAAGAAGCGUACAUUAAAAUGUCCAACUACGCCGCGAACCACGUCAGCGACGAAGUCAGCACUGUUGGCAACGCGCUGAGCUGGUUGUAUCUAGCUGAUGAACUGGCUAACGGCUCCAAGAAGAUUGAGCCGAAUAGUCGGUGGAUCAACGAUAUGGCAAGGGAGAAGGCAGGGUACCCGUAUAAGGAAGAGAAUAAGGAGACGACGCUUAAGCGCGAGAGUGAGAAGUUGGAUCUGACGCAUCAGCCAGGCCGGAGUCGGCAGGGGAGUGAGGUGCAGUGA